GACACCGAGUCCCCGGGGAAAGCGGUAUAAAGGCGGCGCGCGCAGCUGGUACUGACCGACCCUUUAAAUGCAGAGUCAGCUUUUCAAUAAACUGAUCUACAUCCAUUCAGUGGGUUGGUGAGAAAACUGGAGGAGAGACGAAAGAUGCCUCUCAGCAAUGAAAAGCAUUCUUUGAAUGAUGAUCUGAACAGUGACAUUGAAUCUUCAGAGCGUUCAGAUAGUGUGAACUCCUCCAGUGACUAUGAAUGCACUCGACAAAGCUUCAGUAGUGAUUCUUCCAGCAAACCCAGCUCUCCAGCAUCAAGUCCUCCGAAAAUAGUUUCUUUUGAUGACCUGAUGGAGACUGCAAGAGGCUUGUCAAACAUGACUUUAGCUCAUGAAAUUGUCAUGAAUGCCAACUUUCAAAUUAAACCAGUUGAUCUUCCGCCACAAAGUUUAGAGAGGAGAGUGAAGGAGAUAGUUCACAAAGCAUUUUGGGAUUGCCUGGAAGCUGAAUUGAAUCAGGAUCCUCCUGAGUACGGUCAUGCCCUCUUACUUUUGGGAGAAAUAAAAGAGAUCCUACUCUCAUUUUUCAUACCUGGUCAAAACCGACUCCGGAACCAGAUCUGUGAGGUCCUGGAUUUGGAUCUAAUCAGACAGGAGGCUGAGAAUAAUGCUAUUGACCUCCAUAAACUGGCUGAUUAUGUUGUUACCAUAAUGGGAAAACUGUGCGCCCCAGUACGGGAUGAUGAUGUGAAGAAAUUAAAAUCACUGUUUGAACCAGUACCACUGUUCAGAGAUAUUUUUCAUGUUCUUGAUUUGAUGACGAUGGACCUGAUCAACUUCACUAUUCAAAAUAUCAGGCCACACGUCCAGCAAUGUUCUGUGGGAUAUGAACGCAGCAAGUUCCAGGAUUUUCUUAACAAGCAGCCCAAUGCUCUUGAUUACACAACUCUUUGGCUUAAAGAAUGUAUUGCUGAAGUUUCAGCCUCAAUGUCUUCUUCAGACCCAUCACCCACUGGUACUGGCAGGAAUCCUAAUCUUGCCCUAAGUCCAUCCUUAGUGCUAAACAAUGGUUAUGUGAAACUACUACAAUGGGACUUCGAGAAGAAACCAUUGCCUGAGACUUUGCUGAGUGAUGAGUCACGACUCCAAGAACUGCAACAAAGGCUGAACGAACAAAGACUGGUGGCCACCCUGAUGCUAAUAAUAUAUAACAUGGUGGGGGCAACCAUUUCAGGCCUCCCAGGGUUUGCAGAUGAAUUGAAAACCGUUAUUAAUGUCCUACUUGAUGGCAUGCAAAGCAAAACUUUCAAUAUGGAAGAAACACUUAUGAAUAUAAGUGUAAAGGUCUGUUCUGAAAUAAACACAUCCUUGACUGAACGAGGUUACCCUGCACUUAGCGCUGACAGUCAAAUCAAUCUCACUGGACAAAUCUGCAGCAUCAAUCAAGAAAACAACUCUGUCCGCAACCUGAUCAAUAACCGAAUUGAGUUGUAUAUAAAAAACCUGAUCAGUGCAUCAAGUGCACAGAAGAGUGCUUCAGUUGUUCUGGGAGGCCUUGCACCCAUUCAAGCUGAACUGGAGGAGAUUGGAUCUCAGUAUGCCUCCAUUGUCAAAUAUAAUAUACAGGUGUAUGGGCCAUUUUACUCUGGCAUUCUACGGAAACUGCUCUUUAAUGAUCUGAUUGCAGAAAACACAGCAUCAACUUCUACUUGAGUGGUAAAGGUUAAUAAAAGGGAAAUAGCCCUGUUUGGAUAUCUGUAGCAAUUGUACUGCAUCUUUACAUAUUAACUAUGAAACCUUAUCUUCUUCCUGUCAGUUAUAUGUAUGUGAAUAAUUGCUAAAUGUGUUAGUGACAUUCAACAAAUAAAUGCCAAAUCACUCAUUA